AUGCAGGAACAGUACGUGCGCAAGGCGUGUACGACCAUUGCUAGCCAGAUCAUCCUCGUGACGGCUGGCGAUGGUACCAAGCACGCGAAUACUUGCACAGGCAGCAAUAGCAGCAGCGUGGUGGCAGCGGCGCGCGCGGCUACCACUUACCUUUCAGCGACAUCAGCGGAGACCAAGGUUGCCACUGGUCUUGAUGAUCUGCAACGCGCCUGCGACGCGGUGGUGCGUCACGCCAUGACGCUCUACCGGCUGUGCCGCCGCCCCGGUGGAGGCGCCAUCGACAUCGUCUCCGUGGGCGCGAGCAGCGGUAGCAGCGGCGCCGGGGCGGCGAGUGCAGCCGAGGAGGCCGCGUAUUGCGUCUGCGCGGCAGUCAUGGCGCUGGAGCCGAAUUUAUGGGCGUCUCUGGUGCGACGAGCGCAGCUGCUACGCCCACGCAAACCGAGCUUUCGCUUCGUUGCCCCUGUCGCCGUCCCACCGGUCUUGGUAAAGGACGUGGAGAGGUUUUUUGGGCGGAGUCGCCAUCUAAUGAGCUCCACCGCCGCACCUGCAGUGCUCACAGAUGGCAUCCCCACUAGUGCUGCAGCGUCGUCCUUGGCUUGUGAAGGGGUAAGGGUACCCGCACCAACCGUUUCCGCGUCUGCUUCGCCUUUAGCCGUCACCACGACAACGACCACCACCGCAGCCACCGCUACCGCCACUUUGGGACUCCCGGCCCUGCAGGCGGAGGCCGUUGCUGCGUGUUUCUUCUUCAAGACCAUGUCGGCAGCGGAGAGGCUGCGACGUAGUGACGUCCUUGAGGUGCGCGUUCGACUACCCGAUGCAAGUCGCGCUGUGGGGGCGUCGGCCGAAUCAAAUGGGCUCACCACAGCCGCCGCAGGAUUUGCCAGCGCUGCGGUGGGCGCGCCCGCCGUGGCGGAAAGGGAUGGUGUUGUCGUGUCGUCGUCUCUGCGAAGACUCACCGGUGCGGUAACAGCUGCCACGGCUGCGAGCGCGCAGGAGCUGACUGCAGGCCCCAGGAAGGGAGGACGCCGGUCUGGGCUUCGAGCCAUAGCACGUGGCGCUGCUGCUCCGGGUGACACCGGUCCCUCCUUGCACACACGCCCGACACGAUCAGCGGCUUCACUGCUGCCGUCGUACUUGGCUGCUGCAUCGAUGCUCUUCAACGACGGUUUGGGUGGCUGGGGUGGCCAGCAGGUAGCUGGUGGCACUCGCACGAAUCCCUCGCCGCUCUCGAGUACGCGCAGACCAGACCGUGCGGACGGCGCGGAGGAUGACGCGGGGGUCUCUGACUGGCCAAGCGGGAUCAGCAGUGGGAGUAGCUCGCAGAGUCGGGACUCGAGCCCAGGCGACGGCGGCAUCGGCGCGGGAAAGGUUCAGGGCCGCCAUCCGUUGACCGGCAAAGGAAAUUCUGCACACGACCAUCAAGCGGCCGACACCGCUGCCGUGCUUACGCGACUGUACGCGUUGGCACUAUCGGCAGAGGACCCAGCCGCCGAUGUGCCUCUGAAUGCCGAGACCACCACACAGGGGCACCAGCAACAGCAGCAGAACGGUGGUGGCAGCGACCAGCAUCGAGUCGGCGAUGCGGUCGCCUUGUCAAUGGGCACACACACCCUAUUCUCAGCCGCUGCCCCUCCAUCCAUGCUCUCGUCAGACAGCGGGCUGAGUCUUGUCGCCCUCGGCGCCUCCGUCACGUACGCAUGUGAUGCGCUGCACUGGGGUCGGCUCCAGAUGCUGGUGCGGUACCCGCUGCUGUUUCGGACCAUUCCAACUUCUGCCGAGGCGAGCAGCACUGUCGCGCUCGCAGGUGGUGGGGAGGCACUCACGGUGGAGGCGAUGGUACGCAUGAGUGGGACUUUAGGCAUGGCGCGCACCGCCGCCCCCGUCUUCUCGCCGGCUUCAGCAACGCCACCGGACUCGACUGCAGGCAGCCGCGACGCGACGCCCCCCUCCGCUGCGUCUCUUCUCGCCUACAUGUCAUCUCUGUACGGUUCUGCCGACUCCAUCGUCGGGCCGGCGCGUCUGCGUACGUCAUCGCCGCCGCUGCUCUUCCCUCCACCACCGAGCCUCAUCACGGAUGGCGUCUUGCUUACUCGGCUGCUGAUCUGCAGUGCGUGGCUGCUCGUCUACGCUGACGGCCUCUUUGGCAGCGACGACAACGGAGCGAGUGUGGCACCGACCCAGUCUGUCACUGGCGGCGUCUGGCCACGAGUACGCCCCACCCCAGCCGUGCAGGCCAUCGUCGCCUACUGCGUUGCGGUCGUGCGCGAGGCUCGUGAGAUGAGCGCCGGCGUGAACGCCGCUGCCCGCUCAGCUCACGGCAGUCUCAGUGGCACUGUUUGUUGCCCCGUGUGCGAUGACCUGGUCAAGGAGAAGCAGCCGGUGCUGUGGUGGUCAACGCUGCGUGAUGACCGCGCGUCAUGGCGAGCGCAAGUGCGUUCUUUGCUGGAGAACAGCAACACCAACAGCGAUGAGGCGGCGAUUGCGGCUGCUCUGACAGAUCAUCUCGCCUGCGAAGGACGUGGCCGCCGAUAUGCGACACCGUUGCUGAGUGGCUCUGAGGGGGCGCCGUGCCGAGUAACCGCGCUGCAGCAGCGGUGGGGGGCGUACAUAAUGGGGGCCGAUACUUCGGCGACCGAUGACCGCGCCGCCGCCGCCACUGCUGUCACACCCCGUGGCGCAGAGGAUGCAUCCGUCAGGGUUGACCCUGUGAAGGCUGAUGCGGACUUGCAAACGGGUGGCGCCGCCGCUGACGCGCGGGACACGGCUGGUGACAGCGCGAAAGAGGCGGCAACGCCAGUGGAUGUGCUCUGGACGGCGCUCACGCAGCGCGUCGCCGCCGCCACGGACUUCUGUGUCUUUCUCUCGGCGCAUCCGACCGAGUUCGCCGCCUCUCAUUCGACUGCGGCAGCGUCGGUUACCAGUGACCGCCCGAAGCGUCCUCGAGCCGAGGACGAGGAGGAGGCGGCAUCCCGAACCCAUUUCCGCCAUCGGCGGCAGGAGAAGCACCACCGUGGUGAGCACGCAGUCGGCUCUGACGACAGCGACGACGGCGGGUGGGGCGAUGGAAACGGCACUCGCGCCGACACAGCUUGGCGUGCCGGCGUCGCGCUGCGGGGGAGCCGACACGCCGUCGAGGAGGCCGAGGAGUGGGGCCGGCUGCUGUGCCGGUGCGGCUGGGCGAACGCGGCCCCACCGUCUGGCACGACCUCCCCGCGCAUGUACGAGGCGUGGGCGUCGUCACUGUUCUCGCCGUCUGCCAUCCCGACACCGCAGCAGGCGGCCACGCUGCGUCGCCGACUCUCGCGCUACAGCCUCGAGGACUUUGUGCGCAAGCUAGUGCUUGGCCGUGGAGGCAGCUGGGAUCGCUAUGCGCGGCUGCUGUUUGGCGACGACGUGCGCACCGACUCCACCGCAUCACCGUUCUGCCCACCGCCAGCCAUGGACGUAGGUGCUGCGGCCACGAAAGACGUUCCUGCGCAGCCGAUGGCACAACCACCAGCGUCACAUUCCAGUCUGCGACCGAGGGCGCCGUCUCUCUCGCUACUAGAAGAGGCAGCGCCAGACGCUGAAGGCGUGUACGUACCACACAUGCAUGCGAACCCGCGUGCUACGCAGAUAUCGCCUCUCCCGCGGCAGCUGAUAGCCGCAGCGCAAUCGACGCCGCACCGUUCUUCAGGCCCCGCGCUAUCCCCACCGUUGUCCUGCGACGCAGCCCCUGCCAACGCGGACGCCGACGCGAACCACGCCGUUGCUGCGGAGCGCUGGGCAGCAACGCCGGUCAGUAAGGGAAAGAUGCCGUCCAUCCCGCUGCUCGUCUCGCCGCUGAUGCGACAGCACCAGAUGGGGGCUGUUUUGGGUACUGCUGCAGCACCACCACUACCGCUGCCGUCGCCGGCAGAUGCGGCUGCUCGCACGACAGGCGUUGUACCCGAGUGUGCUUUUGGUGCAGACGCGACACCUGCGCGGCGGAAGGAUGCCUCGGCGAAGGCGCCUGUCUCUGCGCCUCUAGAGCAGCUUCGUGCUCAGCAGGCUGCCUUGUACGACCUACUGCGCUUCCGACCACGCUUGCCCCCGUUGCGAGAGGAGGACGCCGUGCUGGAGUGCGCCUCGUGCUUCUCGCUCUUCCACCAGGAGUGCAUUGCGCCGGUGCAGCGGAACUUUAUGGGGCAGGUAUUCCUGUGUCACACAUGCCGAUUGCGGUGGGCGCGGCCCUACGCGGCAGGAUGCGGGCUUGUGCACCAAGCACCAGAGCAACACCGCGACCCUGAGGUGGCGGGUGACCGUUGUGCAGCUGAUCGGCCUUGA